AUGGUAGCCAAAAAAAAAAGUAAAGUAAUUGUUAACAAUGGCACUAGUUCUCUCAUCCUCAUCAAAACUAAUCAAACCGAAAAAAUAAAAGGAAUAUUAGAAAAAGAAAAAGUUCCUUACGAAAUUUACAGUUCUGAAACUAAUUUAAAAGCCAAAUCUUCCUCUAAAAGCAGAAAUGUUAAAGAGUUAAUAAAUUCUCUCGACCGGGCUCGUAUAAAGAGCAAAAAAGAGUUUUUUGAGACUAAUCCCCACGAGGCAGGUCAUAUUAUGGCUUUUGAGAAAAAAUUUACUUUAACGGAAAGAAAAAUAAUUAAGAAAAUGUAUGAUUUGCGAGACAAAUAUGCAAUUCUUUUAGUAGAAGAAUACCAGUUAGUUAACUACUAUGAAGAGCAACAAAGAAUAAUAGAAAAAAAUACGCUUAUGGAAAUAAUAGACCAAAGCAAUAUGGAUUUAAUGACAAGGGAGGGGCCAAAAGAGUGCAGAGAAAGACAUUACCCGCAUCAACACUUCCGUCAAGAGUAUGGAGAAAACGAGGGAAAAGACGAGGGGUUUACUCUAAUUCUUCCUAAAGACAAGAUAAUGUUCACCUUGAGAACUUUCUUGGAUGAAGAAAAUAUUAUUGGCGAGAUGGAACUAGAACUAAAGAGCAUAUAA